AUGGUUGCCACCGUGGACGGCGUCAUCAACGACCGCCUCCAUCUAUCCUCCCUGCCGUACUCAGGCUGUGACACUCGUAUAGUGUCGCUCCUCGACGUCAACAUCCCCGAUCAGGCAACCGAGGAAGAAUAUCGAAAUCUCUACUCUAAAUAUGUCCAGAAAUCAUCACCCGAAAACAGGACCUCUAAUGCCAGUCUACUCCGCGACGCCGUCGAAUCUAUCAGGUAUGGCAUUGCCCCUCCGGUCGCAUUCCCUACAGAGACGGUAUACGGCCUAGGAGCGGAUGCGACCAACGAAGCCGCCAUCAGUGGUAUAUUCGCCGCAAAAGGGCGACCAAACGACAACCCUCUGAUCGUGCACGUCGCGAGCAUUGCGCACCUCGAGCGGAUUACGGGCGCCCCUCUCCCUGAUGUUUACGGGCCAGUCGCUCGGCGGUUCUGGCCUGGCCCUUUGACGAUCCUCCUUCCUGUGCCGGCGUCGGGAAUCUUUGCCAAGAAUGUCCACCCCGCGCAGAAGACGAUUGGGUUCCGCAUUCCGUCGUCCAGGUAUGCGAGAUUCUUCAUCGCAGCGACGGACAGGCCGAUCGCAGGGCCGAGUGCGAAUUCCUCGGGGAAACCAAGUCCCACGACGGCGGCACAUGUUCUACAUGAUCUCAGGGGGAAGAUCAAUUUUAUCCUGGACGGCGAGGGGUGUGAUGUCGGUGUCGAGAGUACCGUUGUCGACGGCUUGCAUGAUCCGCCGCUCAUCCUCAGACCGGGCGGCGUGGGGUUGGAAGAGUUCAGGACCUUGGGACGGGAAGUCGGUGGGGAGGUCGGUGAUAAAUGGGAGAGAACCACGAUCGGGUACAAGACAUCGGCGCAUCACGCGGCGGAGACGCCGUCAAACACGAGUGGAAGUCCUUCCGUGUCUACAUCGACUACUAGCUUGUCAGAAGGUGCUACAGCCUCUGAAGAGCCGCGUGCGAAUCACUCGACUGAGAACAGCAACGGUGCUGCAAGCUAUGAAGAGGAUGUCAACGGUGCUCCUCGUGCCCCCGGAAUGAAGUACAAACACUAUGCACCAAGGGGCCGGUUAGUUCUGUUUUCCAAGCACGCAUGCCAGGCAGGUCGGGUGCAGGAGAAAUUGGAGCAACACGCGGAAGCGGCAAAAGAUCAGGUCGUCAAAGUCGGCAUCAUCUCCUGCCAUUGGCCCCCAUUCGCUGGUCUCAAAGGCAUUUCCUCGCCAAUCGAUCCCACGCGCAUCACCGAGAUCUCGAAGCCGAAACAUGGUGGGCCGAAGAAACCAGACCCGAUCCUUCAUUCCGCGUACGCUGACAUCACGUCCAUCGCACACCUGCGGGUGAAGGUUACGGAUGUGACACUGUACAAUGUGCAGCUUGAUACUGAAAUCUCCUCACUCGCACAUUCACUGUUUGGGGUACUGCGGUUAUUUGAUGAGCUGGAAUGUUCAUACAUAUUUGCGGAGACGGUGGAGCAUAGCAGGCCAUCACCUUCAGGGGACCAGAGAUCGAUUUCUGAAACCACGAACGGAAAGGAUAAGGACAGAAAGACGGACCGGAGUGGCCCGAGGCAGUUGCGGCGUGAUCUCGAGGCUGCGGUAAUUGAUAGGAUCGAGAAGGCGGCGGCGGAAAGUAUAUACGAGUAG